CGAUUACCACAGAAGGUUACGAAACAGACGCCAUCUUGGCUCAACUGAGAGUCGCCAGCAUGGGAAUCUCACGCCACCCCAGUGUUGCUUGAGCCAAAAUGUCCCACCCUUGCUGCAGUUCGUAGUAACCUUCUCCACUAAACCUUUGGGGGAGGGAUAUACGAGAGCUGUCGCACAAACUACUUCUUCCUUCACUUCUGUGGAUACUGGAAAUUGGCCUAGCUGUGCAUGGAGAUAACCUACAGAAGUCAAAGACGUUGUCGCUGACAUUAGACAUUAAGUAUGUUGGAUUUUACCCGGAGAGUUUCAUGGCUGAAUCGUGCGUGAAGAUGAUGAAGAAGAAUAUUAUGAUGGGAAUUCCACCGAUGUGGCUGUCCAAUGUGUGUGAAACUGGAUGAGACAAGGAGCUCUUCAGGAGCCUUUGUGCAGAUAUACCUGCAGUUACUGAAGCGGACCUCUGAGCAGGUUCACACGGCACUUGGCAGGGUGGAGUUUCUUGACCCAUGGAGAAUUACUUCCAGGCUGAGGCCUUUAACCUGGACAAGGUGCUGGACGAGUUUGAACAGAACGAAGAUGAAACAGACACACCGACUCUAUCGGAUGCCAAGUGGACCCAGAUUCUCGCCCCGCCAUCGCACUUUCUUUCACUGAAUCCGGCACUGACCCACUCCGACCUAAGCCCAAGGGACAGCCCUAUCAGCUUCAAGCCGCUUCUAGAUGCCCAGACGUCAGACGGUCCGUCUUUGGCUGAGGUCACCAGGUUAGAGGGGAAACAGGGGGUGGGACACCAGCCAGAGGGCAGGAGUGAAGAACGGCCAGCAGAUGUGCACAGUCCUCCUCUGCCCCAGCCCAACAUUGGCAAGCUGGUGAGCACUGAUCGGCAGUUGGCAGAGUUGCCGUCCUCGAACAGAGUGGUGCUUGAAAAAGGCUGUCCAUCUAGUCCUGAUCUUAGUGGCGAUGAUGAGACAAGUCAAACUGUUACAGAUGACACUGGUCCCAGUGAGUUUAAGAUGGAGCAAAAUGGUACUGACAAGGGAAGUGGUAGUGGUCUUCAAGAUUUUACUGUUCUCUACAAAGAAUGUGGAAAUGGGCCACCAGUUUUGAAUAAUGGUGUUAAGAUGGAAGCAAGCAAGACUGGCAGUUGUUCACCUGUCCAUGAGCUCGGAAUGAGGGACUGUAAUCUGGUAUUUCCAGAAGGAGGUAAUCCCCAGAAAGGGGAAGCUGUUUUGCAAAAAUCAGUGAAUGGUGGCAGAGAACUGGAUCGUGAGUGGGAGAAUCAUGAGGGUGCCUUUCAAAAUGGAGGACUGGUUGAGAAUGAAAGUUCAGGGAAAGACACUAGGGCAUCAAAUCAGGAAGAGAAAGAGAAAACGAUAGAGAGUGACCACGAGGGAGUGUACAGAGAGUUUGAAUCAUCCAAUGGUCUGACUGUGGAUCAUAGUGGAGAUGCACAAAGCCAGCCAGCGGUCCCUUCAAAGGAGGACUUUGUGACGGAGGAAAAAGAAAUGGAGGAAAGCAAACAAGAGUUUUGUGAUCCAAUUCGAGGAAUGGAAUCUGGCAGAAAGGGCAAACUCAACAACAACCGGCUGCAGCCUGUCAGCAUUCCUUAUGGUGGUGCCCGUCUGAAACAGCCUGUCAGUCUUAAGCUGCAGAUUCCCAAGCCUUUCUCUAACCAAGUCCAUAAUGAAUUUGGCUCCACUGGCAAGAACAAGAACCUGGACCCACAGUGUGGAACAAGAGGGCUUGAGGAGCCUUGUGGAGCAUCGGAGUCUGGGGUCGUUCGAAUGAAUGGAGAGCAUGGAGAUAGCCCUUCAGGGUUAUUCAUCCCUUCAGACAGUCCAGAUAAUGACCUUCAGGCAGGACAGCAAUUGAAGAAACCCUUCAGCUCUUUGGGGGAAGUGGCUCCUGUUUGGGUUCCUGACUCUCAAGCACCCAUUUGCAUGAAGUGCGAGGUCAAGUUCACAUUCACUAAAAGAAGGCAUCAUUGUCGGGCUUGUGGCAAGGUGUUCUGUGCUGCUUGUUGUAGUCUGAAAAGCAGGUUGAUGUACAUGGACAGGAAAGAAGCAAGGGUGUGUGUUACCUGCCACCGUGCACUUAUGAAUGCUCAAUCAUGGGAGAACAUGGGAGGUGGUUGCAACCAGAGCCCAAAUCCCAACAACCCAUCCGAGUACUGCUCCACUCUUCCUCCUCUGCAGCAAGCCCAGGCAUCAGGAGCACUCAGCUCCCCACCCCCAACCGUCAUGGUGCCUGUUGGUGUCCUCAAACAGCUAGGGUCUGAAGGUUCUCUUCCUCGAGAGCAAAGAAGGGUUUGGUUUGCUGAUGGCAUUUUACCCAAUGGGGAUGCUACAGACUCUUCUAAAGGGCCGGCAGCAAACCCCAACCCCACAGAGCCUGUGACAGCAUCCCAAAAUUCAAACAAAUCCUCAGGAGCCAAUGCUUCUGAGGCGGCCCAUGCCACUGGAGCCCCGACCACCAGCCCUGUGGGCAGCUCUCUCAGUCUGAUCCCAGAGGAAGGACUUCCUCCCAUCCUCAUCUCUACAGGCAUCAAAGGAGGUACGGGAGGCCACAUCACAGACUAUGCUGUGGAGGAAAGACCUUCUGAAAUUAUGCUGAUGCAGCAGCUUGAGGAAGGCGGCUCUGAUCCCCUGGUGUUCGUUCUUAAUGCCAACCUGCUGGCCAUGGUCAAACUGGUCAAUUAUGUAAAUAGGAAGUGCUGGUAUAUGAUGACAAAGGGUAUGCACGCCGUGGGCCAGGCAGAGGUUGUAGUGCUUCUACAGUGCCUCCCUGACGAGAAAACCAUUCCCAAGGACAUCUUCGGCCACUUCGUCCAGCUGUACCGGGAGGCUCUCACAGGAAAUGUGUUAAGUCACCUGGGCCACUCCUUCUUCAAUCAGAGCUUCCUGGGCAGCAAGGAGCACGGCGGCUUCCUUUAUAUCAGCCCCACCUUCCAGACCCUGCAGGAGCUACCGUUGCCUAACCCCCCCUACCUCUUUGGCAUCCUGGUGCAGAAGUGGGAGACCCCCUGGGCCAAGGUCUUUCCCAUCAGACUCAUGCUCCGACUGGGGGCGGAAUACCGAUUCUACCCCUGCCCACUAUUUAGCGUCCGCUUCAGAAAACCCCUCUUUGGAGAGACUGGUCAUACCAUUAUGAACUUACUGGCAGAUUUCCGUAAUUACCAGUACACGUUGCCGGUGGUGAAGGGGCUGGUGGUGGACAUGGAAGUGAGGAAGACUUGCAUCAAGAUACCGAGCAACCGUUACAAUGAGCUCAUGAAGGCAAUGAAUAAGUCCAACGAGCAUGUGCUGGCAAUGGGGGCAUGCUUCAACGAGCGGGCGGAUUCCCAUCUUGUCUGUGUUCAGAACGAUGAUGGGAACUACCAGACGCAGGCCAUCAGUAUUCAUCACCAGCCUCGCAAAGUGACUGGGGCCUCGUUCUUUGUGUUCAGCGGGGCUUUAAAGGCUUCAUCGGGCUACUUGGCUAAAACCAGUAUUGUGGAAGAUGGCGUGAUGGUGCAGAUUACAACUGAAAUGAUGGAGGCCUUACGUCAAGCCCUGAGAGAGAUGAAAGAUUUCAGUAUUGCCUGUGGGAAAGCUGAUCAGGAGGAGAACCAGGAGCACGUCCAUAUCCAGUGGGUUGAUGAUGACCACAACGUCAACAAGGGAGUGAUCAGCCCGAUUGAUGGGAAAUCCUUGGAGUCUGUCACCAGCGUUAAGAUCUUCCAUGGCUCGGAAUAUAAAGCCAAUGGGAAAGUCAUCCGUUGGACAGAGGUGUUCUUCCUGCGGAGCGAGGACCAGACCAAUGGCCUGAGCGAUCCUGCGGACCACAGCCGGCUCACUGAGAAUGUGGCAAGGGCUUUCUUCGUGGCCCUGUGCCCUCACGUCAAACUUCUCAAAGAGGACGGCAUGGCCAAACUGGGCCUGCGGGUCACGUUGGACUCCGAUCAGGUGGGCUACCUAGCAGGAAGUAACGGUCAGCCGCUGCUCCCCCAGUACCUGAGCGAUCUAGACAGCGCCCUCAUCCCAGUUAUCCACAGCGGAGCCUGCCAGCUAAGUGAAGGGCCUGUGGUGAUGGAGCUCAUCUUCUACAUCCUGGAGAUCAUCUCCUAAAUUGAGGGAAUCCGUCCAGUCUCAGACUCAUGGCUCCCAGCAGCUCGAGUCCCUCUUCGCUCUCUCUCUCUCUCAUUUGCACUUCAAAGAGCCUGAAAGCUGUGCAGGAACAAGUCCUCCAUACCACCUAUGCACCAUCUCCACGGGGAUCUCCUCUGUCAGCCCCGCUGAAUGCGGAGCUCUCUUUUGUUUCUCCACACCUCUCAACUCCACUGUGGAAACCAUAGGCCAAAAGGGGUGAAUUCAAAGAACUGUUGUAGCAACACUAAGCUGCUCAAACACAAGAGGGCGCUCUACACGCCCAGUCCUAAAGGAGACUUCCAGAUGGUGAUGAGACUGACAGAAGGGAAGGUUUGCACCAUGAAGUGGAUUCUGGUACACAGUGCCUGGGCCUCAAUUAGAAACAAAAAAUGAGCUUCAGUCUCGCCUCUAAGCUUUAUGAAUCACCAGAUGCUUUAUUUCACGAAUAAGGACCUCAUUAUUAUUUUUUUGGGUUAGGUAAAACUGCUGCAAAGCUACUAUGAUGUAGCUUCCUCAGAGGCGGAAA